AUGCAAAGGAAGAGAGAACUUGCCAUUGGGAUCGUUCCAUUUAGUCCUUUAGGAAAGGGUUUCUUCACUUCAGGUCCACAGAUGGUUGAGAAAUUGCCUGAAAAUGACUUCAGAAAGCUAGCAUUGGCCUGGGUCCAUCAACAAGGGGACGAUGUUUCUCCCAUACCCGGCACCACCAAGUUUGGAAAUUUCAACCAGAAUGUUGGAGCUUUAUCUGUAAAACUAGCACCUGAUGAAAUGGCUGAGCUUGAAUCUAUUGCUAUAGUUGAUGCAGUAAAGGGUGAUAGGUAUUCAUCUCCACACAUGGCUCUCACUGGAGAUUUGCAAACACUCCACCUCUGUCCUCUUGGAAAGUUGAAUGAGGAUGAUCUUCUUGGUACCCGCCAAUAA